AUGAUGGUUCCAGUAAUACCCGCCAUGGCUUGGGUGGCCGGUGUAUUCUCCCAUCUCGCAUUUUUUCGUAUCGGAGAACAUCACCUAUACGGCAGGCGCUACGCCUUAACUGCCGUUGGAAGUUUGAUGUGUUCGAUAUUUCUACACAGUCAGUUCUCGGAUAGGCUGAUUUUGGAGUCUGUUAUCUGGUCAUCCUCACUUGCGGUGUGCUACCUGGCCGGGAUUUACGCCAGCCUGAUUGUCUACCGGUGUAUAUUCCACCCUCUUCGCAAUAUCCCGGGUCCUCUGGGAUGCCGCAUCUUUAGCUCUUGGUUUACAACAUAUUUAGCAAAUCAGGAUGCAUUCCGCCAACUGGAAAAUCUACAUUCUAGAUAUGGGCCCUUCCUGCGAAUCGGUUCGAACGACAUAUCAGUGGCUCAUCCAAAAGCCGUGCAAGCUAUCUACGGCCCUGGCUCAAAAUGUCGGAAGGCACCUUGGUAUGACUUGGGACACCCCAUGGUCUCGCUGCAGAGCACUCGGGACAAAUCCCUACACGACCAGAGACGUCGCAUUUGGAGCGGGGCCUUUGGGGACAGGAAUAUGCGGGACUACGAAAUGCGCACGGUGCGGUAUCGAGCUCUCCUAGUGAAAGCCAUUGACGAGUCUAAGAAUCAACCACUUGACAUGACCAAGUGGUUCAAUCUAUACACAUUUGACGUGAUGGGUGAUCUCGCGUUUGGUGCUUCAUUUGAUAUGCUCGAGACAAGCAAAGAACAUGAGGCUCUCAGACUACUCAACUCGGGAUUGACACCUUUGGCCUACAUGCUUCCCGUGUGGUUCUUUCGGUUAAUGACGGGGAUUCCUGGAAUCGCGCGGGACUGGUGGAAAUUCAUCAGUUACUGCACCUCGCAAAUGGAAGAACGUAUAAAGAUGAAGUCAAGUACUCCCGAUAUCAUGAGCUGCCUCUUAAAACCUUUGAACAACAAAACUCCUACCGGACUUGACUAUAUGUUGCUCCAAGGAGUCUCCCAACUCAUUGUUGUUGCAGGAAGUGAUACCACAUCUGCUACAUUGAUACAUAUAUUCCGAUUCUUGGUCGAGCACCCACAGCAUGUCGAUGUGCUCCGUACCGAAUUUAAGAAUUUGCCACGAAUGGAACUUGGCGACUACCAGCCCUCAGAUUUGGCCGAGCUGAAGCAUCUGAAUGGUGUUAUUAACGAGGCACUUAGGCUCUACCCCCCGGUUCCAUCGGCACUUCCCCGUGUAACCCCGCCAGAAGGUCUGAUAAUAGACGGAACAUUUAUUCCUGGAAACACAACCCUGUAUUGUCCGCAAUAUGUCCUCGGUCGGAAUCCCGAGUGCUACCCCAAACCUAAAGAAUUCAUUCCCGAGAGAUGGUAUUCGCGUCCUGAUUUGAUGCAAGACGCGUCAGCCUUUGCGCCAUUUUCUGCAGGGCCCUACGGCUGCAUUGCCCGACCCUUGGCGUUAUUGAAUAUUCGAGCAACAGUUGCCCGUAUCCUUAUUGACUAUGAUGUCAGUUUAGCCCCGGGGGUGAGCUUAAAUGAGUUUGAUCAGGGAUUGAAGGAGCACUUUACUCUUGCACCUGCACCGUUGAGGCUAUGUUUCAAUAAACUAUAG